CUGCAGCAGCACACCACAACAAGCUACACAGCUGCUUCGAGAGUGAGGAAGACACACAAAGACAUAUCUAGGGGAGACUAGAAGAGUCGUCCACCGCUUGCGCUGCGUUGGCGUAAUGGCUGCGAGAGAUGAGUCCGUGUUUUUACAGCACUCGCUCCCUGUCGUUGAACACGCGCUGGGCUAUCGCUUCGGAGACAGGCGACUCCUGCUCACGGCCUUGACACAUCGCUCGUUCUGCAACGAGACCCACACAGCCUCGGGGGACUUCGACGAGCUCGAGUGGCUCGGUGACUCUGUCCUCCAGCUGGCGGUCUCUUCCUGGCUGUUUCGCUCGGCCAAGGGCUCGAGGAGGUCCUCAGGACAACUCUCCGCAACAAGACAACGUUUCGUGGACUCGCACGCCUGCGAGUCGUUUGCUCGACAGCUGAAUCUGUUACCUUAUCUUCGCAUCGGGCACGGUCAGCCGGUGGGAGGGACCAAGAUUCUUGCGGAUUGCUUCGAGGCUGUUUUGGGCGCCGUUUACGUCGAUGCCGGGGGAUGCUCAGACCUCGAACCGAUUCACGCCAUCCUGGCCAGAGUCAUCCCGUCCUACAAGCACGACCGGCGAUUACAGGUGCCGCGACAGCCGCCGCACCCUCGUCACCCGCAUUCGCACCCGCACGGUGCGAUGGAACCGCCGCCGGGGCCGCCGGCGGAGGGCCCCCGCAAGCUCAUGAACCUCGCGCACAGGCUCACGCAGAUUGCUAAACGCGACGCGGACAGGGUAGAAGGUGGUGGUGGUCGUGCGGCCCAACCAAUGCAGGGCGAUGCCCCUGCUUCUCCUCCGCUGUCGCGUGCUGCAAACGGUUCGGACCGAGACCCCCUCGAGGUCGUGCGCGAGUUCGACGGACGCCUCAGGGACUUCCAAGGAAACGUCCUCCGGGGGGGUGCGCUGAGCUUCUCGUCGAGGGCUUUCGCGGGUGCGUUCGGGGAAGACGAGGCGCGAUUCUUUUCAGCAGUCGCGACCGGCUGUCCCGAACGGUGCGCCCUUCUCGACAGCGUUUUAGACGGCUCGUCCAUGCUGCGGAAGCACUUCGAUGGUGCUCCCCCGGGGGCUGAACGCGUGGUCAUGGAAGUGGUGCUCGUCCCCUCCGAGCUCCGCCUCCAAACCUUCACGGUGGUGGAGUUCCUCCUCAACAACGUGCUGCAGCCACAGGGAGGCUCGGGCGAGCCAGCCGACAACCCCGUCCUGCGGCUGAUCCGGUCGGCUCCACACGGUGACGCCACCAUCGCCUUCCUGUCGAGCAUCGUCACCGAGACCGCCACCAACUUGCUCCUCAACGCCCACCAGAGAGCAACGAUAUCAGCGGGCGUGGCGCUCGCCCCUCUCCCAGCACCCCUCUACGGCCCCCCCGUCCCCAAUGGCGUUUACAUGAGUCCCCCCCCCCCCGGCAGCCCGAUGUCACCACUGUCACCCCCACACCUGCCGGGGCCAGGCGGCGGCCGUGGACCCCCCCCCCACCUGGGGCUUCCAUCUCUGCAAAACCACUUUAGCUUGCCGCGUCGAAAACGAUCUCAUCCCCAUCGAGGCGGCGGGCCUUGGGGUUCAGCGGGGCCCCGGGGUAGGGGUGGGGGGUUGGGGCGAAGGGGCGGGCGCGGUGGGCGGGGAGGCGGUGGGAUUACGAGGGGGAAGUGUUGAAGCUUGGAGGACUUCGUGAAGGCUGAAGGUGGUCUGGUUUGUUUCCGUCGUUUGAGCGACUUGGCCGUGUUAAGGGUGUGGACUCGAUUCACCCGCGGUCGCAGAGGAGGGGGGAGGGGGCUUGUAGUAUGGACAAGAGAUUGGUCUCUGCGUGGUCGGCCGCUUUAUCUUGUAUGCAUGCCAGGUGCGUGUUUGAUUGGGUGGUUUGGUUUUUUUUUAGCGUAGUAGGGGAUAGGCAGCAGUUCUAAGUCGGGUUGGUGUGGGGUAUACGCAAGGGCCGCCGCGACGGCGAUUCGAGCGGGCAUGUCCAUGUGCGUCAUGCUGUGUUGUCCGUACGCGACGGACGGGUAUUGCGAGGACUGGCAAAGGUUUUGAAGCGGGAACACGGCUUUCUCUUCCCCUGUAGCGCUUCCGUUUUGUUAAAUGUCGUCGAUGCAGCGGUGUGUUCAAACAACGAGAGCGGUUAGCGGUUAGCACUUUGUAGCGAAUCAUUUCGACAUAGCGUUUUGGUGGCACUGCUGUUCUUCCGUCGUCGCCCCCCCCCCCCCCCCCCCCCCCCCCCNCCCCCGCCCCCCCCGGUUACUUUUCUUCCCGACGGCCCUUGCCGUUUGCUUCCCGGCGUGCUUUCUCGUCCGGUUGGUUCGCACGUCGUAACUAGGUGGUUGUGCUGCUUUGUGGCUGUAGCAGAUUGCGGCAAGAAAUGCUGGAGAAAUUACGCAGGUUCGAGAGAGAAGACCGUAUUGACGACUUCGCGAGUGGGAUACACUCCUGUACCAGAUGGAAUUGGCAUUGGAACAUUGUCUUUUAUCGUUGGGUAUUGAGUACCGGUUCAUUUGAGGCUGCACAGGCGUGAAGGUCUGCUGAUUUUUGAAGACCCGUCAGUUUAUGUUGAGUAGGUGUGGAGAGUUUGCAGCUAAGCAUUAUUGUUUGGCAUUGGGACAUUGGUAUGGCGCUGGGUGCAUAGCACGGGUUCAUAGAUGUCGGCGUAGUUUAACCGUUUGGUGAGGCUGUACAGGCGUGAAGGUCUGCUGAGUUUUUAAGACCCGUCUGUUUUGUUGAGUAGGUUGGAGAGUUUGUAGGUCAACAUCAUUCGGAUUCCGAAUGAUGUUGACCUACAAACUCUCCAACCUACUCCAAACAUAAACUGGCGUGUGUUGCGAAGCCGCCUUGUCCCGCAUUAUUUUAAUUUCUGGUUUAGUAAUUAUUAGACUGUGCACGUCUGUCUCCUGUCUGCGAUUUCGUUCUCUGGAGCGUAUUCAUACAGCAGUAUUUUUUUUUUGUGGUAUGUAUGCAUCUAGAUGAGAUGUAAGCACUGUAAUUCAUCGUCGGGAUCUCCAGUAUCGGGUGCCUUGUGUUCAGCGUGGCUUGCAAUUUUUAGGUAUGUCCCUCAGACAGGUCAACUUUCGUACCGCCGACGAAGCGACGGGAUGUGGAAUAAUAGAACACCGGUGACGCCGGGAACACAGCUGCGGACAUCACCCACAGCAGAGGCAGCAAUGCGAUUAGAUCAAGAGGUUAUUUUGGAAGUUAGGAGAUGCUCCAUGGGUUCGAGGUAGUAAUACUCCGCUCGAAGGCAUGUGUACGUCCUGUCCUCUAAAUGGCCAAUGGGGUGACAGGGUGGGCUUACGCCCUUGUCCACACUGGGGAAAUAGCAGCUCUACACUGCUGUAGUCUGCUGCUGCUGUAGAUAUACUAAGUUGUACUAGUAUCUUGUUUGCGAAGUCUCCAAUUCCGCCGGUUUGACAGUAGAAUUGGGUGUGGUUAUUUUUUUCUGAAGGCUUGUUAAGGCGUUUCUAUGUUUGCCGUUGCGAGAAGAUUCUCAGUCUGCCUUGGCCGCAAAAGCGUCGGUGCGUUGGUACUGCGGUGUGCUGUAGACAAGAAAUAAAUCCGGAAUAUCUGCAUCACGUUGACCCGUGGGGAUUCGAACAUUCGAAUUUACACAAGAUUCAGUGCUCCGUCAAAGUUCCUACACUUGUUCUCUAUAUGUCUGCUCAAGCUGUAUGUUUUCUUCGCGACCGGCAGCAUUGAAAUCACCUUUUUUAUUGUUUGUCGGUGGGCUCGUCUCCUCCAUAUCGCGCCAGAGAUUGUGAGUGUGGUCAUAACCAGACUUUGUAGUGCACCCAGCAGAUACUGCUCUGUCUGCUGUACAAGCCGCAACGAUUGUGAUCUU